AUGAGUGAAAAGGCAGCUACUGUACCACUCUCUCAUAAGAGUAUUGAAAAGAAAAUAGCUGAGCGGCAAGAAUAUUUGCAACGAAUUGAAGUUGAAGAACAACAAAAGUUGCGCGAUUCUAAGCUAUCGCAGUCAGAAUUUCGUCGAACAAAUAUUUCCAGAGAAUAUUAUCGAACAAGAGAGUCUAUUAACGAUCAAAUAUAUGAUUUAGAGGAGCAGAAAAAGAAUUUACCUGGUCGAAGACGAUACGAGUUCAAAAAAAACAUCAGUACAAGAAUAAAAUCAUUCCAUUUUAAGAAUCGAUUUUUGCUUUUUGGUAGUGGUGGACUGUUACUGUUGGGAUUAGUACUGAGCGGUAUAACUGCAUUGAUAAUGAAUUGGAAUCGUCUCACAGGAAAACAGACUCAAUCAGUGACAAAAGUUACGGCAUCUGUAACAGCAGGGAAUCAAACCGUGACUAAUCUCGUAUUACUAUCACAGUGGAAUCGUUCAUUAGAUACACCCAUGGGUAAAAUGAUGACUGACAUUGAAAUACCGACUGUCAAACAACAAAAUGAAGCCACGACACAACAGACCGAAAACAACAACAUGUAUAUGAUCGGUAUUGCGGGUGUUUUACUACUAUUAGUUGUCAUUGGUACCAUCGUUUUCAUUGGCUAUAAAAGGAGAAAGCUUGAGCAACCAGAGCAAAUUAAAUCAAGAAUAUCAUCGGUGUCUAGUGUAGAUGUUGGACAUUCCAUCUUAUCCGAUACCCCUGAGGACGACAACGUUAAAGAGUAA